AUGGAUGGUUUGAGGCGGAAUCCUACGGCCCGGCUGUACACCGAAUGCCCAGGCCGCAUGGACAAGCAGGUGAAACAGUCUCCGGACUGUGCGCCUCGUAUCGAUCUGAGCACGACCGGCAAGACGCGCCUCAAAUCAGUUGUCGAUGUCAUACUGAACUACUCGCUCCCUCGGAUCGUCCAGCUCCAGCACCCGCUCUGCCGGAUCAGCCACCUCCAACACCUCCACCGCCUCACCAACCUCCAGCAGCGGCACAUUCGUGUCAUCCACCUUCAGCACACAGUCUACAGCAUCAACCGCUUCCAACACCAUCAGCACACAGUCUACAGCAUCAACCACUUCCAGCGCCAUCAGCCCACAGUCUACAGCAUCAACCGCUUCCAGCACCACCUGGUUGGGGUCGACCGCAUCACCAACCUCUGGCACCGGCUCCAUCGCAUCAACCACUUCCAGUACCUGGUCCACCGCAUCGUCGACCUCCAGCGGCGGCUCCACAAUCACAACAUCAGCCAUUUCCAGCACCUGGUCAGGGUCUACCGCAUCACCAACCUCCGGCAGCAGCUUCACAACAUCAACCACCGCCGGCACCUGUUUCACAACAUCAACCACUUCCGGCACUUGGUCCACCGCAUCGUCAACGUCCAGCAGCAGUCCAACCACAUCAACCUCUUCUACGAGGCUAGCUCCGGCUCUGUCGCUUCCUCGAGCUCAAGUACUAGGCCUCCCGCCGCAGUACACACAGGUCUGUUCGGCCCCUCUGACGAGUUUGACGAGUUUGUAGACAACUCUGACGACUCUUCUGACUACUUUGAAGAUGGCGAUGGUAGUCACCGCGGCAACAGCAAUGGGGGCAGCAACGGGCCCGGCGGCGGCGGCGGCGGCACGACGAAAUCCCGCCGCGACACCCAAACCGAGUGCAUCCUCUUCCUCGACCUGUCCAACCCCUCUGCCAAAGUCACGGGCGCGGCCAUGGUCUACAUCUACGCGCUUGACGGGCCCGCGGCGGGGUUAAUGGUCGGCGCGGCGCGUUUCGAGGCCGGCGCCGUGGUGUCGACGCUGUACACGUUUGCGUGUCGCGCCGAGGAGGUCGGGUUCCGGUUAGAGGCUGUCGCGGACGGUUCCAGUGAUAGUCAGCAGAGUGUGGGGUUCUUGCAAGGGAAUGAGCUUGGGACGGGGCUGGGAGUGAGUCUGGUGCCACUCGAGCGGGUUGGCUUUGCCUACCUCCGAGUGAAGGUUGAGAUGGAAGGGAGGAAGAGUUCAAGGGAAUACUGGCUGGGACAUGCCAAGUCUCGAGCCAAGGAGUUGUGA